AUGGGCUAUACGAAUGUCAUUGCAGAACAGUUACUGCAGAGCCCGGGCAGUCGUCCGGAGAAUAUAGUCCGGUGCUUCUUGCAGUCGUACCCCGUGGAGGAACAUUUGGAUGUCCUUACCGACGUCUUGACCCGGGGUACCACCAUCGACGAGCAAGCAGCUGCGCUGAUUAGCGCAGCGUGGGACCAUGUUCGCCAAAACCAGAUUUGGUCCACGAGUUUUGGAAGCCUGGAAGAGUACAGUCAAUCCAUUGACUAUAACAACCUUGUCAGCCCAGUCCUGCUACGCCACAGCAAGAGCGAUCGUGCCAAACAGCUGAGCGCCAGACUCAUCUGGCAGAAUUGGCGAACUAGCUAUGUUUCGGCGCUCCCGAGCGAGCUUCAGCCACCUUUCUGGAGCAAGCACCUGCUCUCGUUGCUAGCAGCCCUCAAUGAAUCCGUCGCAGCCACUGAGAUUGAUGACAUAUGCAAAUGUGCACCGAGCUGCAUUCCUUUCACGGCUCUACUCUCGAAGACAAACUCUCCAAUGCGUGAUCUUGAAUGGGAUCAGUUCACGGACUGGAUCUACUCAGUUUCCUGGAGCCAAAUAUGUGACCAGCACCUUGGGGAGUUGUAUCAGUUGAUGAUGCAGACAGACACGGGGGAAAAGCCCCGGUGGGAGAUCAUCCAGGCUCUGGAGGAGUUCCGAAAUGGGGAAGCGAAGCAGACACUCGCCGAACAGAGUCAGGCAGAAGAGCUGGCGAACUUCGACAUCCGCACCAUCCCCCCAGAGGCAACGCCUGAGCUCGCUAUCAACGAUGUAACAGUGGUGGAGACUUCGACUCUUGAACAGUUGUUAGGGGCGAGCCUAGACUGGGAUUCUUGGCAGAAGCAGGGGUAUCUCCUUGUUCCAGGAUACCUCAAUUAUUUGAAAGGCUAUGGCAUCGGAGAGCGGGUGCAAAAUGCAUUGACUCGGUAUGCAUACGACAAUAACGGGCAAGAGCUAGGGAGAAAGUGCUAUGGCCUUCUCCGGGAGAUGAUCCAGCAAGACCCACUCUACUAUGCGAUUAUUGUGGCCUGUCGCCCAGAUAGGGUGUCAAAAUUUGUUCAUUGCCCCGGAGUGGCACCCACCAUGCAUCGUCAGCCAUUGGCACCCCCGAACCUCCCAUGGGACCAGAGCGAGAACGGCAUUCAGAGCAGCAUCCUACUGCCCACCCUCGCUGUCAACCAUCUGGUCAACCUGGUUCCCGGAUCUCAUGCAGAAGCCCAACCCGCCUUGAAUCUGCAGCCUGUAAACGUGACGCUCAAUCCAGGGGAUCUUCUCAUCAUGAAGCCAACUCUUCGACGGGCUGAAUCCACCUUCUCGGGUAGUGCACUCUUGAACCUGUCACAGGUAAUGGUGGGCGGAGGUGAUCUUGCUUGCAUAGCUACUAGUGAUGCCCUCCUGUUAGACACCCUCACUAGCACGGAAGCCACUUUUGUCCCGAGCAGUCAUGAGCAGCAGCAGCAGCAGCAGCCCUACGAGACUCGCCUUGACUGUGCCUCUGCGCUGGGAGAGGCCUUGUCUGGUCAUAGGGACUGGAAUGACCCGAAAGUCACUUAUCAACGCGAUAUUGUCCUGGGCACCGACCACGUCGCCGCCAGGACCUUCGUGACACGCAUCCGAGAGCGCCUCGCACUGGACUUUCAUGAUACGCUGGAUUUGUUCGAGAACUCUUGCCGGGACGGCAACUUCGAAGCAGCCUCGUUGACUGCGACUGUGCUCACCUCUGACUACGAAUGGCCGGAGUUCAGCUCCGACGACUUGGAUCUAUCGGAGUUGUUUGGAAUUGAUUCCACGGGCGCUCAAGUCAUUCCCAACACCGCCGAUGUAUCAUCGGCUUCAUCGCUGGCUGGAUAUAGUUUUUGA